GUUCAUCGAGUUCCCCAGUACUCAAUACAUUAUUUGGCAAAUUGAAUGAUUGAAAUCAUCAUUGAAAGGGACAUUCAAAGUAACCUGAACUUAAUCAAUCAUCAAUAUUUCCAUAUAAAUAGAGCUAAUUCGUUGAACAAUUUUCAUUCCAAGUUUCUAGUUUCAAUACAGACUCUAUUGUCUAAGCACCCAAACAAUCAACUUGAAAAUGAUCCGAACUAUUUUUGCUCUUUGCUUCGUCUUCGCUGUUGCCUCAGCUCGAAUCACUCCAGUCUGUCAAUGUUCGGAUUCAAAUUCUGUCGGCGCAAUUACAAAUUUCAAUAUUGAACCCUGUGAUUCUGAUCGAUGCGUUUUCAAGCCAAACACCAAAGUUACCAUCACUGGUGAGCUCAUCACAAACAGCACUGCUGAAAAUCCGAUUAUGUUCGUCGAAGUUGAAUCAGGACGUAUGUUCAUUGAAUACCCUAGUCUCUCGGAGAAUGCCUGUAAAUACAUUGCCUGCCCAUUAAAAGCUGAUGCUCCAAACCCCUUCAAAAUUGAACUCGUGACCCUUGACUGGCUUCCACCCAUGGAUACCAUAAUGCAAUUGAGUAUCAUCGAAUCUAAAUGGUCUAAUGAUGAUGAUUCAUUGGCUUGUAUUGAAAUUGAAAUUGAUAUUGAUAUCAUUGCUGCAUAAACUGACUAUACAACAAAUGAUCAAAUGAAUAAAAUAAAUAAAUUUUAGUAUCUCAAACAAA